AAAGCCUCUGAGACGAGUAGAAGGUUCUCUCUGGUGAAGAAACCAAUGCAUUUCGGCGACAGCCUGAAACUGAAAAGCCAUCGAUCGACCGAGAAAGCGAAAAGAGAGAGAGAUGAGACUCGUCGUCUCAAGCUGUCUACUAGUUGCAGCUCCUUUUCUCUCCUCUCUGUUACGAGUCUCACUCGCCACUGUUGUCCUCAAUUCCAUCUCCGCCUCUUUUGCCGAUCUCCCAGCCAAAUUUGACGGCUCCGUGACCAAAAACGGAAUCUGUGGAGCUCUAUACGUCGCAGAUCCUCUCGACGGUUGCUCACCGCUUCUCCACGCCGCCGCAUCCAACUGGACGCAACACAGAACUACUAAGUUCGCUUUGAUAAUCAGAGGCGAAUGUUCUUUUGAGGAUAAGCUGCUCAAUGCCCAGAACUCAGGUUUUCAAGCUGUGAUUGUCUAUGACAACAUUGACAACGAAGAUCUCAUCGUCAUGAAGGUGAACCCUCAGGACAUUACAGUUGAUGCAGUCUUCGUUUCAAAUGUCGCCGGUGAGAUUUUGAGAAAGUACGCGAGAGGCCGAGAUGGUGAAUGCUGCCUUAAUCCGCCAGACAGAGGGAGCGCUUGGACUGUGUUGGCCAUCUCCUUCUUCUCUCUCCUUCUUAUAGUCACUUUCCUGUUGAUUGCCUUCUUUGCACCCAGACACUGGACCCAAUGGCGAGGGAGGCACACCAGGACCAUCAGGUUAGAUGCAAAGCUCGUCCACACACUCCCCUGCUUCACCUUCACUGAUUCUGCUCACCACAAGGCCGGGGAAACAUGUGCUAUAUGUCUCGAGGAUUACAGAUUUGGAGAAAGCCUCAGACUUCUCCCCUGCCAACAUGCUUUUCACUUGAAUUGCAUCGACUCUUGGUUGACAAAAUGGGGUACAUCUUGCCCUGUGUGCAAGCAUGACAUAAGAACCGAGACUAUGUCUUCUGAGGUGAUCCUGUUAGACUGAAAUGUAUAAAUCCUUUCAGUAGUUAUUUUGUUGUUUUUGCGUUGGGUUCAAUACACUGUUUGUGUUGUUUUGUUGCAGGUACAUAAACGAGAGAGUCCGAGAACAGAUACAAGUACGAGUAGAUUUGCCUUUGCCCAAUCCAGUCAAAGCCGUUAGAGUUAUUAUCGGCUUAGCAGCUGAACACUCAUAUCAGUGCUCGGUUACCUGGAUCAGGUCCAGGUUUGCAUCUUAUAUUGAAUGGUUAAUCAUGGUGGGAUAAGUUUAGGUAAAGGGACCGGAUCUGCCAUACUGGUCGUGCUUUGCUGGAUUCCCAGAUCAAAAAGAUAUGAGUUGCUUUGCCUCUUUUUCUUUGCAUGUGUACAUUUACAUACGCUCUGAGUCAUGUGUACAUUUGAUCAUUGUGUGUGUGUGUGUGUUAUAGAUUGAAAAAAUGUGUGUGAUAGUACAGAUAUGCAAACAAAUUGAUAGAAAACAAAUGUUGGUCUAAUCAGAUUUUCUCUCUCCGAUCCAGGCAAAUCUCUAAUGUUAUCUUGUUGAUAAUUUCUUUGCCUAAAGUUUGUAUAAUAUGAAUAUUGAAUCUGAUUCCCUUACAUGGGGGAAUGGAAUCCAUUGAACGUGGCUUUGAUUUUGUCUUGUCUGUAGUAAUAAUAAGAAAAGAACACGUCAUCCUCAUCUCUACCUAACGACUCAUCCAAUACGAUGACUCGUUCA